AUGAAUAUCAAAGACGCAAAAGUAUUAGUAACAGGCGGCACCACGGGCAUUGGUUAUGAAACAGCAAAGCUGUUACGCUCGCAAGGUGCGCAGGUGGUUAUCUGUGGCCGAAAUGAUGAAAAAGUACAAGCCGUAGCGGCGGAGCUGGAUGUGUAUGGCAUAAGAGCGGAUGUGAGCAACGAAGCGGAUAUUGAAAAUAUGUUUGCCUUUGCACUCGGCAAGCUCGGUGGUUUGAAUGUACUUAUCAACAAUGCUGGUCUGGGUUUUAUGGCCCCUUUAUUAGAAACCUCCACCGAAGACUUUACACGGAUAUGGGAAACCAAUACCAAAAGCAUAUUUAUCUGUGGUAAAAUAGCGGCCCGGCACUUUGUGGCUCAAAACGGGGGCAACAUCAUCAAUAUAUCAUCGAUGGGCGCCGUACGUGGUAUUGCUAAUGGCUCGGCCUAUGUAGCCAGCAAGGCAGCGGUCACCGGUUUGACUAUGUGUUGGCAGGCAGAGUUGCGCAAACAUAAUAUCCGCGUGAUGCAGGUAAACCCCAGUGAGGUGAUCACUGAAUUUGCCGCCAAGAUUGGUUAUACUUCUGUAGACACGGAACGGAAAAUGAAAGGAUUGGAGAUCGCAGAAGUGAUUGUUUCCAUGCUGGCGCUGAGCGACCUGGCCUUUAUUCCGGAGGAAAAUUAUGGACUUGGCCCGCAUCAUACGAUUGCCGAUAUUGGGGCCGGAACCGGGAUCUCCAGCCGUUUGUUUCUGGAGAAAGGUUACACGGUUAUCGCCAUAGAACCGAAUGCUGAAAUGCGGAAUGCUGCUGUGGCUGACCUGCAGCAAUUUCAGACAUUCAGCACACUGGCCGGUACGGCCGAGCAUACUUUAUUGCCCGAUGCCAGUAUCGAUGUUGUUGUUGCGGCACAAGCUUUUCACUGGUUUGAUACCCUGGCUGUUAAAGAAGAAUUCAGGCGGAUACUAAAGCCCAAUAGCCUGGUGGUACUGAUGUGGAACGAACGCCUGAUGCAGACUGAUUUUGAACAGGAAUAUAACCAGCUAAUCCUUAAGUAUGCGACGGAUUAUGUGCAGCACGAUCACCGGAAUAUUGAUCAUGAAAGCCUGAAUAGAUUUUUUGCCCCCAAUCGCUGCGACCUGAAAGUAUUUCCCAAUUACCAGGUAUUUGACUUUGAAGGUUUAAAGGGACGGUUAGUGUCUUCAUCUUACAUGCCGCAGACGGGUGAUAAUACUUAUGAUGCAAUGGUAGCAGACUUACAAACCCUGUUUGACCGGUAUCAGGAGGAUAAUACUAUUCGCAUUACUUAUGACACCAAGUUGUACAUGGGUGUGUUGGAUAACUGA